ACCACAAUAUUUCAUGAUGUACUGACACAUAUGCACUCUGUUCUCACGACUCUAGCUUCAGUCUCCGGCUUCAUCUGCACCAUGGCCGCACCGUUCAUUCUGCUGGUUCUGUGCUGGGUGUUUAGACUGAGCUGCAGUGUGAAUGGUUCACCUAAAUGGUUCAACAACAUUUCUACCAGUCUCUUCCAUUUGCCCGGGGACAUUAUGCUGGGAGGGCUCUUUCCUAUUAACGAGCUCUCCAGCAACCUCAGCCAGAGGAGGGAGCCGGAAAACAUCAGCUGUGAAAGUUUAAAUGAACAUGGACUGGGCCUCGCUCUGGUAAUGAAAUAUGCAGUAGAUGAGAUCAACGGGAAACAAAUCUUGCUCCCUGGCAUCAAGUUGGGUUAUGAAAUCUAUGACACAUGCAAACAAUCUGCCAUUGUUGUGAAGCCUACUAUCUCCUUCCUCACUGCAAAAUCUGACAAAGCACUAUCUGUGGAGUGUAAUUACACCAGCUACGAGACCAGCAUCUCAGCCGUGAUUGGUCCUUAUAGCUCAGAAAUGGUGUCCAUCAUUGGAAAACUCCUAGGAUUCUUUCUGAUGCCGCAGAUUAGCUACGGCGCAACCAGUGACAAAUUCAGUGACAAUCUUCUCUACCCAUCGUUCUUCCGUACGGUGCCCAGCGACAAAUGGCAAGUAGAUGUCAUGGCACUUCUAACGAGAGAGUUUGACUGGAACUGGGUGGCAGUGGUGGGCAGUGAAGAAGAGUAUGGACAACAAGGCGUGCAGCAGUUCUCCAAAAUAGCAGAAAACAUGUCUGUAUGUGUGGCCUAUCAGGGGCUGAUUCCAGUAUACACUGACCCUGAACCAGCAGUCAAAACCAUCGUUGACAAUAUCAAAGCAACCAACGUUGGCGUAGUAGUGGUCUUUUCUCUCCCAGAGUCAGCAGAGAUCUUUUUUAAAGAGGUUAUAAGGAGGAAUCUAACAGGUGUGUGGGUUGCCAGCACAAGUUGGAGCAUCAAUAAUCGAAUUACUUCUAUACCCAAUAUCCAAAAAAUCGGCACGAUCAUUGGGUUCAUUGACAAGAUACAGACCCUGGAUCUGUUCACUGCCUACACAGAGGAGCUCUUCAUCAAACUGAGCAAGGAGAAGGAGAACACGUCCCAUCCCACAGCAAAACCUGGCAAUCCCGACAAUCCCUGUCCACAAUGUCGGAAUUUGUCACCUGCUAAUAUAAGCUUGGUGACAAACCCUUCAGUGCAGCGCACAGCUUUCAGUGUGUACGCUGCCAUCUACAGUGUGGCAGAGGCACUACAUAACCUGCUGGGAUGCAAUUCAACUGCCUGUAUGUGGGGAUCUGAAACCAAAAUCUAUCCCUGGAAGCUGUUGGAGGUUUUAAGAAAUACUUCUGUAGAUGUAAAUGGCACACAUAUAGUGUUUGACAGUAAUGGCAACCCAAACAUAGGAUACCAAUUGAUUGAGUGGAUCUGGAACGCAUCAGAUGUAGAAUUUGAAGUUGUUGGAAGCUUUUCUGAGCAACUGUCCAUCAACAAGUCCCUCUUGAAAUGGUACACUGCGAACUCAGAGGUUCCUAAGUCUACCUGUUCAGCAACAUGUGAGCUAGGCCAGGUCCGCAGAGUCAAAGGCUUCCAUUCUUGCUGUUUUGAUUGCAUCGACUGUUUGCCAGGCACUUAUCAGGCAAAUGAGGACGACAUCCAGUGUACUAAGUGUCCUAAAGGUCAAUGGUCCCUGAUCCGCAGCAUUAAUUGCACUGACCCAACCUUUGACGUUUUGUCCUGGGACAUACCUGAAGCUCUGCAAUUGAUGCUGGCUGGGAUGCUGUUGCUGCUGUGUCAAGGGUCAGUUGGUGUUGUGUUCCUGAAGCAUCGUGGGACCCCAUUGAUAAUGGCCUCAGGUGGGGCCCUGACUUUUGUGGCUCUGCUCAGCCUGAUGGGAGCCUGCCUCAGUCUGCUGCUCUUCCUGGGGCAACCAGGGGACGUGGUGUGUCGUCUUCAGCUGCCGCUCAUCUCCAUUUUGCAAACAGUCGCCCUCUCCAUUAUCACGUCCAUCUCACUGCAGAUAUUCUUUGUGACAGAGUUCCCAGACACAGCUUCCUCUUACCUGCACCUAAGAGGCCCUGGGAGCUGGAUGUUUGUGCUGGUCUGCUGUGCUGUGCAGGCUGGUCUCUGUGGCUGGUUUGUCCAAGAAGGGCCCUCACUGUCUGAAUAUAAGGCAAACAUGAAAAUAGUAUUUGUGAGGGUCUUCCUGUCAUGUCCAGUCUUACCUUUAAUGGGAUUCGCUGUAAUGCAAGGUUUGAAUGUUGUAUUGGCCCUUAUAUCAUUCAUUUGUACCUUCAUGGCAGUGAAGCCUCUUCAUCAGUAUAACCUUGCCAGGGACAUUACCUUUUCCUCCCUGAUCUACUGUGUGAUUUGGGUGACCUUUAUUCCAAUCUACAUAGGCUUGAAUACAAAGAAUAGGUCCAUUGUCCAUGUCUGUUUCACCCUGGCGAGCAACUUGGGACUGGUGGCAGCCUACUACUUCCCAAAAUGCUACUUGCUGUUGAGGAAACCUGACUUCAAUACACCAAAGCACUUCUGUACCUUCCUAGAGGGUGUCCCACCAACACCAGCUCAGGAGGAGCCACAGCCACAGUCACAGUCACAGUCAGGGCAGUAAAUAGAGACACAGUCUCUAUGAUGUUUACCACAAUGCAAUUUUCUGACUGAAAACCUAUGUAUAAAAAAGGAAUAUAUGAAGAAUCAUAUAUUUUGUAAAAAUGAUAUUUUC